GAUCACAGGCAUGGCCACUGUGCCCAGCUCUUGUAACAUUUUUUAAAACUUGUCUAUUAGUUUAGUUGUACAAGAGACAGAGCCAGGGCCUUGUGCGUGCAGAAGACCCCUGAGCUACACCCCCAGCCCCCACCUUACCAGAGGAUUCAUGGUUCCACACGUGGCUCAUUCCAUGUCUGCUGGACAGUGGGGACAGUGCUGGCCGGUGGGGCUUGCCCAUCACUGACAUCCCAGAAGGAGACCCCAAGCCGCACGUUUCCGCUGACCGUGUACACGCCACGUGGGAGGCAGCCCGGCCAAAAGAUCUGCUCAUCAGCCCUCGAGGCUGGUUGGCGGUUCCUAGGAGGUCAGGGACGGGGGACAUGUGAAUGAGGAGCCUGGGUGAAUCCCGCAGGACAAGGACCGAUGUCCUUGACAAAGGAGUUGCAUGGAAGAGAAAGAGAAAGAAGGAAGAGAGAGGACAAGGACUAGAAGAGAAGUAAGAGCCCAGGCUGGUGGCCAGGCCGUGUCCCAGUCACUUGGGAGGCUGAGGAUGAGCGUGCAGACCAUCCGGAAUGUGUUCAGCGUGGAGACGGGGUACCGGCUCUCGGACGACCAGAUCGUCAACCACUUCCCCAACCACUACGAGCUCACCCGCAAGGAUCUGAUGGUGAAGAACAUCAAGAGGUACCGGAAGGAGCUGGAGAAGGACGGGAGCCCCCUGGCCGAGAAGGACGAGAACGGGAAAUACCUCUACCUGGACUUCGUGCCAGUCACCUACAUGCUGCCCGCCGACUACAACCUGUUCGUGGAGGAGUUCCGGAAGAGCCCGUCCAGCACCUGGAUCAUGAAGCCUUGCGGCAAAGCCCAGGGCAAGGGCAUCUUCCUCAUCAACAAGCUCUCGCAGAUCAAGAAGUGGUCCCGGGACAGCAAGACGUCCACGUUCGUGUCUCAGUCCACCAAGGAGGCCUAUGUGAUCUCGCUGUACAUCAGCAACCCCUUGCUCAUCGGCGGGAGGAAGUUUGACCUGCGCCUGUACGUCCUGGUGUCCACCUACCGCCCGCUGCGCUGUUACAUGUAUAAGCUGGGAUUUUGCCGGUUUUGCACCGUGAAGUACACCCCGAGCACCAGCGAGCUGGACAACAUGUUCGUCCACCUCACCAACGUGGCCAUCCAGAAGCACGGGGAGGACUACAACCACAUCCACGGGGGCAAGUGGACCGUGAGCAACCUGCGGCUGUACCUGGAGAGCACCCGCGGCAAAGAGGUGACCAGCAAGCUGUUUGACGAGAUCCACUGGAUCAUCGUGCAGUCCCUGAAGGCUGUGGCGCCCGUGAUGAACAAUGACAAGCACUGCUUCGAGUGCUACGGCUACGACAUCAUCAUCGACGACAAGCUGAAGCCCUGGCUGAUCGAGGUAAACGCGUCCCCGUCCCUCACCUCCAGCACUGCCAACGACCGGAUCCUCAAGUACAACCUCAUUAACGACACCCUCAACAUCGCUGUCCCCAACGGCGAAAUCCCAGACUGCAAAUGGAACAAGUCCCCUCCAAAGGAAGUUCUUGGGAAUUACGAAAUUCUGUACGACGAGGAGCUGGCCCAGGGCGACGGGGCCGACCGGGAGCUCAGAAGUCGACCGGGGCAGCCCCUGGGGCCCAGGGCAGGCCGCACAAGAGACUCAGGACGAUCCGUUCUCUCCACCUGGAAGUGACCACCAGCAGGAAGGAAGCCCCGCUGGGCCUUGUCCAGACGACCCCCUUCCCAGACCCCACCGAAGGCCUAAGACCUAUUUUGGAAUUUCCUCUUUUCUAGAUCCUCUUUCCUGAGCCCUGUAAAUAAUAAAGCACUUAUUUGGAAGGUCAA